AAAAUCACUUGAUAAUUUAUUAGAUGAUGCUUUAACAGAUUUUAAAGAACCAAAACCAACAACAACAGCAACAUCUACGUCAACAACAAAGAAAGAAUCAGUUCUUAGUUCAUCUGAAACUGCACCACCACCAUCUGAUCCAUUACAAUCAACAUUCGAAGCAAUGUGUUUUAAUGAUGAAAAAUUUUUAAAUGAACUUGAUGCAUUACCAAAUAUUCUAUCGAAUUUUCCAUUUGGUCUAGGUGAAACAGGCAAUGAAAAUGAAACAGACAGUAAUAUAUUUAAUUUAUUUUCUCAAUUGGGUAAACAUGCUGAUUUAUUACAAAAAAUUAAAGAUGAAGAUAUUGAAAAAGCAUUAGAAAAACUAGCUGAUCAAUCGGAUGCAGCAUCAGCAUCUAGUACAACAGCUCCAACAACAGCAUCAACAGAUGAACCACAUGUUGAGCAAUUAAAUUUAUUUAUGUCAAGUAUAUUAUCAAAAGAUGUUAUGUUACCAGCAUGUCAAGCUGUUGAUGAAUCAUAUGAAGAAUGGUUAACAAAAAAUAAAGAUAGUUUAACUGAAGAAGAAAUUCAACGUUAUACAAAACAACAUCAAUGUGUUAAAGAUAUAUGUCGAGAAUAUGACACAACAAAUGAUAGUCAACAAAUUCAACGUGUUUUACAUAAAUUUCAACAAUUACAAACACAUGGCGAUCCUCCAAAAGAACUUUUAUUUUUUCCGGGUUUACCUGGUUUCGGAGGAUUUGGUAGCGAACAAAAUUUAUUUGGUGAUGCAUUUUCCGAUGCAGAUAAAGCUACACAAAAUGAGAGCGAGUGUUGUUUAAUGUAG